UCUGAAAAUUCCGAGGAAUAACGUCGUCAAGAAUGUAAGACAAGGUGUGAGCAACUUUUUUGACAGAAUAUUGUGGCAAUAUAAAUCGCAUAUAUAGCACGCCAUAUAGCAAGGCGUGGAAUAUACAUACACCUAAAUAUAUACGGGAAUUUUUGCUCACGGGGACACCGACACCGGACUUCCUCAGACACGGGGCCCUUAACGCUGUCGCGUUCAGAGAAGUGUGGGGUUUUAUGUGCCGAAACCACUACCAGAUUAUGAGGCGCGGCGUAGUGGACGACUCCAGAUUAAUUUUGAACAUCCGGGCUUUCUUUUCUUUUUUUUUUUUACCUUGCACCAAACGAACGGCAGACAAGCGUUCUUGCCUUCCGCCCCCAACGGAAUGCAGCCGCCGCCUCCGGGAUAAAAUCCGCGACCGCAAGCGCAACUGAGAUACCGCUGCGGGUGGAGUGUAUUACGCGCUCAAAAAAAAAACAAAAAAACUUGAACAAUCUCGUGGUGUCCUUGGCCCUGCGUGUCAGAGACUCUGCGACAAUGCCUUAUCAGUCUUGUCCGCUUGCCACUGUGCGCCUAGGCGUCAGCUGUUUCACACACACCACACCACCUUUGCUUCAGCCAGAACAGUGGAACAGAACUGAAGCGACGACAGGUCAAAAUGUCGGGGCUUUCGGAAGACAAGCGGCAGUCCGCGGAGAUGAUGUUCGGCGCCGAGGAAGUGCCAGCCUGCUACGACUCUGUCAUGCACCACAACCGCGAGGCCAUGAAGGUGUUUCUGGAGCGAUACAAGGAUUCUUUCUUUGCGGUCGAGAACGGUGCCCAGUGUGCGGAUUGCCAGUGGUUGGACGUCGGCUGUGGUCCAGGAAAGUUCACUAAGAACUAUUUGCUCCCGCACGCACCUUCGUCCUUGCGAAGACUGGUGGCGGCCGAUUUCUCACAGGCUAUGCUGGAUCACGCCGCAAGAAACCAUGCACAUCCGAAGAUAGCGUACCGCCUUCUCGACAUCGCAAACGACAAAGCCGUGUCCGCGUUUGCCGAGCGCGAAGGUCUCUUCGAGCGCGUAUGCUGCUUCCUGACGCUGCAUUGGAUCCGCGACAAUGCGGCCGCCUUCCGAAACCUGGAGCAUCUCACGGCCCCCGGGGGAGAGUGCUUGGUGGUGUUCAACCCGCGCGUGUCACUGCAGCAGGUGUUACGUGCCAUGAUUGCGUCCGGCAAGUGGAAAAGGCACGAACACGCUCUCAAAUCUGCUCUCCCGGAGUCCUGGGAGCUUUACGACGUUGACACCAUGGUAUCCAAGCUCGAAGGACUAGUCGCAUCAACAAGCCUGGUGGCCCUGUCGUGUGAAGUUGUGCCUCUGCAGGUCGGGAGUCCCGAAAUUGACGUAGAAGUGCGUGUUCUGUGUGCCCAUAUACCGAUAUAUCGGCACAUGAAAAAGGAAGACCAGGCUGAAGUGGAAGAGUUUGUCAGAAACUUGGCUCUCCAAAACGGCUGCGUGAACUUCUCGACUACGGGCAUAACGCACCAACUUAGAUGCGUCGUUCAUGCCCGCAAACCAGUGUUGUCAAGUUAAAACAGCCAGUUAGACCAGCCAGAAGCCUUCUGUUCGGCGUCCGCAACCUCCACCGCUGCUAACAAGGCCGAGAGUUCAAAUUAACUUAGAACUUAGAAGCUCAGGCCAGUUGGUGUAGCGAUGUUAUUUUUUAUACCGCUCCAAUCGAAGACAGUUACUGGGAAUAUUGGAGGUGGCCACAAAGUUGCUACAUGCAAGUGUGUAAAUGCACGUUCUGAAGUAUUAGCGGAAAAAUGAAUAGUUUGCCUGGGGAAGGGGUAGUUACCCUUAAUCUAUGAUACGACUUCAAUAGGUUGCUUAUCACCUACCGACCAUAUGUUGUUAGUGCAACAACAAGAAGAAGAAAAAGAACGCCACCGCCAAUUACGAUGAUCCAUAAAGCAAAAGUUAGGCUAAUCUCUAGUGUUUCACCUUCGCAAUAUAUAUUCACUUGCACGAACGAUAUGUCUCGUGCGGCCCGUUGUAAACGGAACGAAGUGUUGCGCGACUGACACGCUGAUGGGACACGGCGAAAGGCAGCGCGUGUGUGACGUGUCGACGCGAUUCACAGCAACCGUCGCAGGUAUGGCACGGCUAGCUCAGCUGAUAUGCCCCACUGGUAAACGGGGAUAAGCAGGCAGAAAAAUGCGGUUUAUUCACUGUUUUUAUUAGCAACCUAACGCAUGGCAAGACAUUCAAUACACAAUACAAUAAUGUAGAGCUGAGUAUCUCAAUAGUGAGUACAAAUGGGCGCGUUCGGUACUACGAUCAUACAUACGUAAGAGCUUCCUACAAUUUCUCAUAGACAGAAAAUUGCUACAGAUGCCAUGUUUGUUUGAUGUGGACUACUCAACUCUACCAAAAGUAAUUUUUGUCGCAACAGUUAUUUGUGGAUAGUAAAAAGAUUAUGAAGAGCAGCAUAUCCACAUUUUUCGCAUACCAGUACCAAAAACUUCCUUUUUUAUUCCAUACAACGGGUAUACUCGCUAGUCCAAAUAAGAUGCUGUACCGAAUCAAUUUUCUGCAUAGUUCUCCUUGUGCUAAUGCACCGAUGUAUACCCAGCAAAUUAUAUUCAAAAUGUCUAGUCUUUUUUAUUAUGUGGUUUUGUUUCGCAAUACAAUAUGUAACACCACUAGCGCUUUAUUCAUGUCUGUAACAUUGCGAAAAAGGUAUCAAUACAAGAUUUCUCCCGAGCAUAUGGCAGAUGUUUCAUAAAAUUUGCAAUGCACUUUGUUCUAUCGUCAUCUAGGCAUAAAUGGCACAGUUUCAAGAAAAUAACCACUAGCGCUAAGUUUCCUUUUUUUUUGAGAAACAGUAAAUGCAGGAGAAGCAUCAGUGUGUCAGCGGUUGACCGUCAGUAGAGAUGCGGCAAGGAAAUAGUGAUGCACAAAGGUAUUAUUGCACGUGCAGCUUCGGGACAUGGAGAAACAUUUUCUAAAAGCAAUGCAAUUCGCCUGCAUUCAGUGCAUCAGGGCAACCUUAUCAGAACAAUUAUGUUUCGAAUAAUUUUCAAGACCUUCCUCUAGUAGGUCUGAAUGUACGUCAUGCACUUUCUGUAACACAGCCUAUAGGCUCAGUUUCAUGCAACUUGUUUGAAGCGUAGGACAGGUGUUAGAGCUAUAAUAAUAAUAAUAAUAAUAAUAAUAAUAAUAAUAACAAUAACAAUAAUAAUAAUAAUAAUAAUAAUAAUAAUAAUAAUAAUAAUAAUAAUAAUCUUUAUUACAUCCAGUCAUGUCAUUGUUACAAAUCCAGCCCGCAUAAGCAACAUUGCUUGUGUGCGAGGCUGGGCAGUCAGCUGGUAGUACUGAUAUGUGUACAAAUAAAUAAAUUAAUAAAAAGAAUAUAGGAAAAAAUGAUAUUGCAAAAGUGAACAAAAGAUAUUAUUUGAACAAAACAAAUUAUUGCAUCAACAGGGAAAAAAAGUGCACAUUGACAUUAGAGAUGACUUCGCAAUCAGGUUCGCAUGCUUCAAAUCCCGAAGAAAACAUCAAAGAAUAUGGACAUUACGUAUCACCCAUGACCUUAAAUGUGAUUUUAUCUGUUUAAAUGUUCCCGCGAUAUCAUUCUCCUUCAAUUUAUUGAAAUUAGCCGGCACGUAGAAAGCA